CAACCAAACAGCAGCAUAGAAGUAAAAUACAUCAUACAUUUAACACACACACACACAUAGCCAAGUUAAUUUAAUGAUGAUAAUUAUAUAGCCAAGUUAGAUCCUGGAUCACCAAUCAGCCAACCGAUAAGCUAUAUAGCGUUUGACAUUAUUCAUUCUUUUUGACGCAGUCACAUAUCAAGACGCAUUCAGGACGCUUAAUUUUUGAUUUUUUUGGGGGGAAAUUUCAUUAUCGAAUUUUGAAUUUUUUUUCUGAUCUGGGUUAUAAAUAUCGAUAGAAAUUUGAUCUGAAUCAUUGAUGAAAAACAGCAAUCAAAAAAAAUGACGGAAGAAAAAAGUAAAAAAUCUCAAGUGGAUAAAACAAUGGAAACAGCUGUGAAUAUGGGAUUAUUUAGUAAAAGUUUAGCCAAUAAAGUAACAAUAAUUACAUCGAUGAAUCAAUUUGCAUUCAAAUUAUUUCGGGUAUUUGCUAGUCGUCAUCAACGUGAUUCGAAAAAUAUGUGUUUUUCACCAUUGGAAGUAUUCAAUUCAUUAGUAAUGUUAUUGAUUGGUGCAAAAGGUGCUACCGAAUUACAAUUAGAGGAUAUGCUUUGUCUACGUGAAUUUAAUCAACAAGCCAGAUAUGAUGAAUUAAUUGAUUUGAUCAAAUGGAUUAUCAAAAGUAAUCAUGAAAUUAUGGUCUAUGGUACAGUCAUUUAUUUAGAUCAUCGAUUGAAUUUAAAUCCAGAAUAUUUAGAAAAGUUGAAAAGUAUAUUUGAAAUUAAACCAAAACGUAUUGAUUUCUCCGGGAUCGAUAAUGUAAUCUAUAUGAUUAAUAAGGAUGCAUAUGAAAUGACUGAUGGUAUUAUUGAAGGUGUUAUCAACCGCAAAGAUCUUCAAGAUGAUAGCCAAAAAGUAAACUUGGUUAUAUCGAAUGCUGUAUUUUUUCGUGGUUACUGGCUAUUCAAAUUUGGCAAUAUUCAUAAAGAACAAUUUUAUUAUAGUGAAGGUAUGAAAUCGGCUAACAUUGAUAUGAUGUCACAUAUUGGUUAUCAUCGUUAUUAUUAUGAUAAACAAUUACAAGCACAAACUGUAUCUAUUGCAUAUGUUGCAAGUGAUAUUCGUAUGGUUCUAAUAAUGCCUGAUCAAAUUCGUAACGAAGCUAUUACAUUGGUUGAGUAUUUAAAUUCGGAUAAACUGUUGCAAUUAUUUUGGAAUCUACAAAAUCAACCAAAAUCAUUGACAGAAUUAACUAUACCAAGAUUUGCGUUGGAAGCACAUAAAGUUUCAUUACAAAAAUCGGUCAAACAAAUGGGUGCCCGAUCGAUUUACGAUCCGGAAAAAGCUGAUUUAAGUGGAAUUUGUUCUAAUGGACGUGUUCAUCUAACCAAACUUGUACAUAAAGCAUUUAUUUUGGUUGAUGAAAGAGGUUCACAUCAAUAUACAAAAAAGGCUCAUGAAACUGGUCGUUUUGCUCGGCAACAAAUUGAAAAUGUGAAAGGUGCAAGUAAUACAAGAGAGCAAUCGGAUAAAGUAACUGUUCAUUUUAAAGCAAAUCAUCCAUUUGUAUUUCUUAUUCUGGAUAAAAUAACUGGUGUUGUUUGUUUUUGUGGUGUAUUUGCUGAUCCAACUGAAAUACUUGAAGUUGUACCUGAACAUGAAUUAUCUAAUGAACAAAUUACACAAUUAUUAGCCGAAAGUGAUCAAAAAACAUUCAUGGAAGAUGCAUCAAUCGAUUCAACAUCAUCCAAUGUUUAACUAUCCUAUGGUUUGAUUUUGAUUUUG